AUGAUAGGUAAAAGGUCAAUCUUUGUGACGUGAAAUUAAUCUGUUUUCACUAGGUCCAAAACGAACGUUUGCAUCGCUUGGACAACGUCAGAAUGGGGUUAUCAUCAACAGGCCUGUAAAUUCAUCGUUAGACGUGGCACUUCCACCAAGGUAACAAAGUCAUCACUCAAAUGUUUGCUAAGCGCUGAGAGUUUUAGGUCGAAAUCUGCUCAAGACAUUGAAAAGCGGGCACAAGAGGAAGAGUCUCAACUGUUAAAUUUGAGUCUGAACGCGUCUUCACCGCCAAACUCAAAGGAUAUGGCUACACAGACUGUGCGUUGACGUCAUUCGAAAAGAUAUCUCAGCUUAUAAAUAGUUUCAGAGCAAAAAUCACAUUUCAACAGCAAGUGUUGAGUUCCUCAACUGUGUUCGUUCAACUCAAACCGAUUCCAUUCCAAUUGUGAUUAACUCGAGGAGAAAGAGUGAGAUCCCGCCAAGUUUGCAAGAUGUGAGAUAUCUGUGUCUAAAAAAUGGUCUAGUGAUAGCUAAUUUGCGAAAUCACUAUAGAUCAUUUGAAAAAUUCUUUGUUGAAACACAAUAAUUUGUCUUUUUGGACCGCAUAACUUUUGGACUUUUUUCAGAUCGAAGAGCGUGAGGCUCUUUUGGAAGUGAUCGAAGAUGCUCUCGGUGAAACUUUCGACCGAUACUCACGUGUCCGUACUAAUCAAAUAAUUGCCAACAGUGCUCGAAAACAAGCUCAGAUAUGGAGAGAUGUGAAGGAUUUCCUGGGCUGUCAACUUUUCCCAUCCGCUAUCCAAAUAGCAAACAAAAGUUCCACGAGAAGUAAAACUGCAGCUGAAAUUGUAGCCAGCAUCAAAAUGUACCCGUAA